UUCCAGGGAAGGACACAACAGUCUGGUCGCUCAUGUUUGCUAAACGUAAAAAAGAAGAUUGGGAGGGUGGUCGGAAGCAGGGCGAUCAGUUGGAGAGCGGCCAAAGGGGAGGCCAGGUCAGGGAGGGUGGCGACAAGGAUGGGAACGGGAAGAGGAGGAGCACAAGGAAGGCGGAUAGAACGCUGCUGCAAACACCACGUUGACCUGCACAACUCGCAAGUCGGACUUCGCCCGCACCUAUCCCAGUUCACAUGGUCACAACGAAACGCCGCAUGGGAAAGUUGCUCGCGCGUGUCUUCUCCUUCGCAGUCUUGGCGAUCUUCUGCUCCGUUUUGAGCGCGCGCCUCAACGCACGUGUCUUCUUCGGCCUCAGGUCCAGGGGGACGUACUUCUUGCCCUUGCACUCCUUUCGCAUCCGCCUUCUGCUUCUGGUUGUAGACGGUCAGCAUGCGCGCAAUCGACUUCCGGACGACCUUAUGACCUUUAUCUUGGCCAGCUUCGACGCGGCCCCGCCCGCCACCUUCGCGACGCGCAGCUGGGACAGCUCGCUCUUCAUCUCGUCGAGAUCCUUCAGGAGUUCCUUGGAGGUCUUCAAGCGCAGCUCGUAGGCCUUGGCGCGCGCCAUCUCCGCUGCUGCGCGGUAGCGGGAGGCUUGCUCGAUGCGGCGCUGAGGACUUGAGCCCCUGAGCCAAAACUGGCU